AUGGAGUCUGAAGAAACCAGUGAGGGAGGUACCACUCCCCCAGAAGCCAAUAGCACCACUGGGGAAGCCUGGGGUUCUGCAGCAGUCAAAAGAGAGCAUCAUGCCCCUUGCACAUCAGCUGAGAUGAGCACGAACCCAUCUGACUCUGCAAAGGGAGCAGAGCUCAGUACUCCUGAGGACUCUCUUUCCACUCCAGAUGAAGCAGCAGAGAUGCUGGGCAGACCCUCUAACGCUGAGCAAAAGGUGCCAGCAGGACUGGAACAAGAGCAAGGUGAUGCAGAGCCUCAAAAGGGACUCUCAGAAUUGGAAGGAGAACUGCUUUUAAAAGAGGGUGGACUGGAGUGUUCUCUGAAACUUAAGCAAAUAGAGCUGGUUGACCUGGAAAGCAACCAGGACUCUUCUUUUGGCACAGUCCAGGAUGGGCCAGCCCUGGGCAAUGCCAUCCUGCAUGCUGUGGACCUCAGCACUGAGUUUCCUCAGUGUCAGGCAGAACUGACUUUCCAUGGCUCAGACCCUCAGGCCCAGCACCCACAAUCUCCUUUGGCUGAUACAAUUUCCUCACAGAGAGAGACACCUAAAUGCUUCUUGGUAUGUAAAACCAUUUCAGAGGGACAUUAUAAGGCCGAACCAUUUCUGGAUAAGAUCUCCAUGGAUUCUUUGCAGGAGGUUGAUACUGGUGCAGAGCAGAAGCAAAGCAGCAAAAAAGUGGCACCAGCAACUUCUGCCUCAGAAGAAGCAAUAGAGAAUAUGCCUAAAUCUUACAUCUCUGAAGAUGCUAAGGGAAGCAUAAGAGCACUCCAGAGUUCAGAACAAAAUACAGAGUCUUCCUCUUCCUGUCAGCUGUCUUCCACUUUCUCAGAUGACAGCCAAACAAGUUCAGUACAAACAGAAGGAAACAUCCCAGCUGGUGGAACAAGGAAUGGCAGCAUGGUCAAAGACCAGGGAACAGUAAUGGUUCCUACAGAAAACUCGUCCCCUUCCAAAUGCCUUCACCUUGAAGAUGAUCACAGAAAAACAAAGAGCAGACCUACUUCUCCAGCAAAGAGUGCCUUCCAAGUAAAAGAUACUGCUAAAAAAAUUGAAGAAGUGGAUACUUCACAGCAUCCAAAAGCAGCGCAGGAGGAAGCAGUGUCUGAACUUCAGCAGCAAGAGGAGAAGAAAGAGUGCAAAAAGCAGAAUUUGCCAGAAGAAGGGAAAUGUUUGGAGUCUAAAGAUCAGAAAAGCAAGGAACAAAAUGAGCAGGAGCAACAACUGCAGAGGGAAGAGCUCAAACUGGAGGCUCUGUCAUCAGCUGUUGAGCCGGAGAUGCCCUCUGUUUCCAGGCAUGAGGUGGACUUGUGUGGCUUGGAGAAUGUUGUUUUGGCUGAGCAAACAGGAUCAGCGUUUCUUCCUGGGGAACCUGUCGCUGUGGAUCAGCAUCCUGGUGAGGAUGCACUGCUGAAAGCUCAUGUCACAAAAGCUGGAUGUCAGCCACGUCCUAUAAGCCCUCUGUCCUCAAAUAACCUGAAACCAGUGGGUGAAACCCUGGUGGCACCUCCAUACACAUGUCGUGUCUCUGACCAGGGAGAAGACCUGGAAGACUCUGGCCGCUUUUCUAUCAGUGGUCAGGACAUUGGAGAAGCUGACUGCAAUGAGAGGACAAGAUUGGGCAGGGAUGAGCCCAGUGAUGGACAUGGAAUUGCUUCCCAGAGUUUUGAUAAAAGAGAUGCAUCAUUCCAUGAAGGAGUGGAAGCACCUUCUAGCACAGAGAACCGAGAGGCACACUGUUCCUCUGGUACCAAGAACUUGGAGCCACCUGAUCCCGUAGAUCCUCAUCCCAUUACAGAAAAUUUGGGAAAACCUGAGCUUCAAGACUUUAUUCCAGCUUUACCCUCAGAGUUCACCUCUGUGGCUUCAGCACCUGGCCCACAACAAGAGGGUGCUAGUGGAGCAGCCUCUGUGAUCCCUAAGGACUGUCCUGGCACCAAGCUGAACAAGCUGCUGGACUCUGUAGAGAAGCCAGCCAAGCCAGCUGCUUCUGUACAAGUAGAGGACCCAAGAUCAGGGGAAGCUGCUACUGUAAGUACUGAUCCAGGGGAGGCCAACACUUCCCAUGAACACCUUAGUUCUGAGGAAGGCUUUCGCAAAGUUCUUAGUGGCCCAUCUUCUUUCCCUGUAAUAUGCGAGAGCUGUCUUCCUCUAGAGGGGAGCCCUCCUGUAGCUACUGUUGCAGGGCCUCUGGAACCCCCCCAAACACCAGGCAGAACUUCUACUCCCCUGAACCACCCAGAAACAAUUCAGCAAAUCCCCGCAGAAAAAAGUGCCAUUAUUCAAGGAGAAGAAACAGGAGCAAAUAUGGUUCAUGAAACACAACAAAUGCCUUUACUUGAUCAGUCUGACUGCAGUUUAAACCAAAAAGAGCCAGGAUCCAGAAUCUCCAGUGUCCUAAGCACCCUGACUUGGUCCUCUGAAGAAGAUACAGUUGUUGCUGUGAAUCUGCAAGAACAAUCUCUGUCCUCUGUGUCCUGCUCCAGCCUACCUCUGGUGUCUGAGCCUGAUGCCAAACAGUUUCCUCAUCUUCCUUCCAAUGUCCAAAGCCCCAGUCCAGCUCAGGCCCCUGCACGUAAUGCAAAUCACCUUGCUCAACCUCCAGCCCUUGACAAUUGCCAGCUGCUGGCUCCUGUGACCCAAUCCAGGGCACCCAAAUGUGCUAUGGAUCAUAGUCAGUUCCUAGCCACUCACCCUGCUAUAAGCCCUCCUCUCCGGACUGCUGCCUCUGUGUCUGAUUCUAACACUUUGGCCUCUGCUUCUGUUGGAGAAGAUGUAGCAGAGAAACAUAACCUUGUUCCAAUAACUAGAGAGUGGGAUGUUCAUGACUUAGGUACCCAUGAUACUGAGACUUCUGAUGACUCAGGGGUCAGUUUGUUGGCCAAAAGCUUUUCUUCCACUGGAAAUGAAGCCUUGGCUGUCUGCUGUGACACCAGCUCUGACACAGCAGACCAGGGGAUAGCUGUACAGUAUGGAAAAUCCUCUCCUGAUCACCCUUCUUGGCCCUCACCGGAAGGCCUGGUAACAUCCACAGAUUCCAAGAGCAGAGAUUCUGCACAGCCACAUUCAAUGCUAGCAUUCACCAAUCCAAUCCAUUUCCUCCAGCUCAGCCCUCCAUCACCACCAACUACCAGAACAAACUGCCAAGAAGAGGAGGUCUCAGGAGAACUGCAGUGGGAGCAACAGGCAGGCAUCUUUGGUGUGGACACAAAGAAUAUCCAAGCUCCAUUUGCAAUCACAGAGAAAAUGGAAGAUAAGAGGACGGUUAAGCAAAGACUGGAAGGAGGAGGAAGAGAACACCACUUGGUAGUUCAACCCAAGGAGGAAGCUCCCAGACAUUCACCAUUGGAAAAAUCCUCAAGCUGGCCAGACAAAAAACCGAUCAGGGUGGUUGCACAGGAGCUGACAGCCAAUCAAGAGAACCCAAUUAAACGCCGAGUAAAAAGUAAGGACUGGCACCGUCAGGGCCUGAAGAGGAUGUCAGUACCACCAGACAUUCUGCAGGAUACCCCUUCUGUUCCUUCAGAGGAAGAAGCUCACAAGGCACACAAGGAACCACCGGUCAGUUCAGAAACCGUUAUAUUGCGAGAGAAGAAACCUGCAGAUGCAGUGGAGAACUUCAAACGUCGACACUCCAAACUGAUCAAUUCCUCAAGAUUACUGUAUCAAGAGUACAGUGAUGUGGUUCUGAACAAGGCCAUUCAAAGCCAGAAGAGAGUGGAUUCUUUUGCAGAGGACAUAGAGUCGAGUUUCCCGAGCUCCCCACGGCUGCGGCGGAAAGUGCUGUCUCCCCAGGACUCCUACUUGCAACGUCUGUCAGUCUCAUGUAAUGCAUCCCUCUGGCAGGACAUCCCCAUGAUCCGGGGCAGCAGAGUGCUCCUCAGUAUGUCUCGAGAUGAGCAGAAGCUGCAAGAGGCCAAGUUUGAGCUGAUCAUGUCUGAGGCCUCCUACCUGCGCAGCUUGAACGUGGCAGUGGAUCACUUCCAGCGCUCCGCAGAGCUCCAGGCCAUGCUCACCAACCAGGAGCGCCAGUGGCUCUUCUCCCGCCUUCACGACGUGCGCGAUGUCAGCGCCAGUUUCCUCUUUGACUUGGAGGAGAAGUUUGAGGAGGACAUGUUUACCUUCCACGUGUGUGAUGUGGCUCUGAAACACGCCCCAGAGUUCCGCAGAGUGUAUCUACCAUAUGUAACAAACCAGACCUAUCAGGAGCAAACCUUUCAACGGUUACUAAAUGGAAAUGCAGGGUUCCAGCAAGUCCUGGAGAGACUGGAAAGUGAUCCAGUAUGUCAGCGCCUCUCACUGAAAUCCUUCCUCAUCCUCCCUUUCCAGCGCAUCACUCGACUCAAACUCCUCCUGCAGAAUAUCCUGAAGAGAACUCGGCCAGGGUCUGAGGAGGAAGUGCAAGCCACACAGGCCUAUGAUGCACUUGAAAAGCUCAUCAAGGAUUGCAAUGAAAAUGUCCAGCGCAUGAAGAGCACUGAAGAGCUGAUCUACCUCAGCCAGAAGAUUGAAUUUGAGUGCAAGAUAUUCCCACUCAUCUCACAGUCAAGGCGACUUGUGAAGUGUGGCGAGUUGACAGCACUGGAUUUCAACACCUUGAGUCCAAAAUGGAAAGUCACCACCCGUCCCAUCUACUUACAUCUUUUCAAUGACUGUCUGCUCCUGUCUCGGCCAAAGGAGGGUGGACGUUUUGUUGUGUUUGAUCAUGCAGCUUUCUCAGAUGUGCGUGGAGAGAAGUGUGAGAUGAAACUGCACGGAGCAAACAAAAACGUUUUCCGUCUCUUUCUGCUUCAGAAUUACCAGGGAAAGAGAGUGGAGUUCUUGUUUCGUACAGAGACACACAGUGAGAAGCUGAGGUGGAUCUCUGCUUUGGCUCCUCCACGAGGAGAGCUGGACCUCCUGGAAUGCCCUGAUGCACCACAGGUUCAAUGCAUAAAGACUUACAAGGCUCGGGAAAAUGAUGAGCUGGCUCUGGAGAAAGCAGAUAUCAUCAUGGUUAUGCAGAACAGCAAUGAUGGAUGGAUGGAAGGAGUAAAACUGUCAGACCGGGAGAGAGGCUGGUUCCCCUCAGAACACGUGGAGCUCAUCUCCAGCAAGCAAGCACGGCAGAAGAACCUGAAGGAGGAGCAGCGUGUGAAGAAUGCCAAGCAGCAGGUCUUCUGUCCAGGGAGCAGUUCGCUGUCUGCGUUCCAAGGCAUAGCUAUAAAAGAAGUUGAGAGUACCUUGGGAACAAAAGAUAGCAUCAGCCCUGUAAAGCUGGAAGAAGAUGGAAGAUACUGCACCCUGCAGACAACUGGGUCAACGUCUCAAGACUCAGUGGCUCUUGACAGCCAGUUCAACCUGGCCUCAGUGUGUGGGCAACCAUCGAAUUUCCUCAGUGAUGCGAGAGCCGUGCCCCUACUCUCUGUGGUUGAACUUGUGCAGGAGCCCACGGGUCAGUCAGGAUCACCCAACCAGUGUGAGAGCUGCUACUCUGACGGGAUUGAAAAGGAGGCAAAGAAGAAAAAAAGGAACAACAGAAGUGGAAUAUGUGCUGAGAAAGCAGCCAGUGGAAUCCCGGGAGACCUCUGCAGGCAGGAUGUGCGUGGCCCAGCCGCUCGCCGAUCGUUCAAAAGUGCCUCCUCGGCCAACGCUGCAGCUCAGCAAUCCUACAAGGUGUCUUCAGCUCUGGAAUCCAAAAGUAGCCAUGAUGGGCCAAAGAGGAAAAAAGAGUUAUUUGAGAAUCCAGAUUUUUUUCCACCAGUCAGGAAGAAGUCACGCACCUUCUAUAGUGCAGAGCAGCUAAAUGAGUUGGAGAAGAUGUUCCAGGAAGACCACUACCCUGACAAUGAGAAGAGGAGGGAGAUUGCAGCUGUGGUUGGUGUAACACCACAGCGUAUAAUGGUCUGGUUUCAGAAUCGCAGGGCAAAGUGGCGGAAAUCGGAGAAUUUGAGUGUGAAAGGCAACAAAAAAUAUCCAACAUCUUCAACUCUGUCCGUCCCCUUUGGGUCAGAUGGUUAUGGGGCACCUGUUCUGCCCGUGCCUCCACUGCCUGACAUGGCUCAUGACCAGUCUGCCAUACUGAGUGUAGACACUACAGCUGGGAACUACUCCAGCCUGCUCAGUGGACAUCCUGCACCACCUGGCUCCUCCUCAGCUCAGUAA